AUGUCUAACCACUCCAAUACCGCAUCCCGCCCGUCGGGAGGCGGGAAAUCAUCCAUCUUCUCACGGAAUAAGCUUCCAAAGAGCCAUCCUUCGCGCCUGUCCAUGUCGAGCUCAAAGAGCGACAACAGCAGGCGGGAGAGCCACUAUUACACCAGCGAUCUGUCGCCCACGCAGACGAACGGCUACUCGGCCGGCAUUGUAACCUCGAUCCCGUACGACAGCGUGUCGGCGGACCUCAAACGCCAGCCAAUACCGCUGGAUCAUGGCCUGAGGCCAGUGUCGAGGGGCGAUGAACAGCAGCAGCAGUACUUGCAUGGUUCAGGGCAGAGGCCCCAGCCUUCUCACUACGGGUCGUCGUCGUCGACGGCUACGCUCAACUCACAGCACCAGCAAUAUCAGCAGGGAUAUGUAGCUUACAACAGCAAUUAUCAGCCGCCGAGCCCUUAUUCGAACUCAACGUUUGCCUCUCGCCAACAGGAUGCUCACAGUCAACACCAGCACCACCACCACCACCAGCAACCGCAGCAACAGGAACCACAGUACUACGGCUCAAACGCGUCGGACUCUUCAUAUCAGCGCUCCGACCAGGCUUCAAUAUACUCCUCCAUCUCAUCGGCGACUCGGAAUUCUAUUGUGUCCGUCGCUCCGAGCGUGGCCGAUCUUAUCCCAUCCCCGAUGAACUUUAGCUCUGCGGAUGGAUUUGCACUGGAGCGCCCUCGAGACGACCGGGAGGUGGAGCGGAUGUUUCAGGAACUGAUGGAGAAGAGAGGCUUUUCGGGACUUCCGAAAGAGGCGCAACGCGGGAUCAUGGCUUAUCCGACGAGCAAAAAGUGGAUCUUGAUCCACCAGGAUAAACUCGCAGACUUCCAGGCGGAACAGAAGAGGCGGGCAGCGGCGCAGGCACAGGAGAGAGAUCCGGACGAGGGCGGUCCGGAGUGGUAUGUGAAGAAGAUUAUGGACGGCACGAUCAGUGUGAAGCAGCUCGGGAGUUUGAGUGUGUCUCUUCGGACACAACCUAUUAGUUGGGUCAAGAAAUUUAUUGAGGCCCAGGGACAGGUCGCUCUGACGACUGUUCUCCGGAGCAUAAAUAAUCACACGGGAAAGAACGCCGCCGGAUCAGAUGCUAUUCUCGACCGAGAAUAUGAUAUUGUAAAAUGUUUAAAGGCGAUUAUGAACAGCAUGUAUGGCGCUGAGGAUGCCUUUAAGCACCAUCACUGUGUUUCUGCGCUUACGGCAUCGCUCACCUCGCCCCGAGUGACAACCCGAAAGCUUGUCUCAGAGGUUUUAACCUUCUUGUGUCAUUGGGAACGACCGAUCGGUCACACCAGUGUUAUUGCAGCGUUAGACCAGCUAAAAACCUAUCAAGGAGAACAUGGCAGGUUCGACUCCUGGCUCAGGAUCGUCGAGGUUACUAUCGACGGUCGAGGGAAGCUCGGAAGUCUUGUGGGUGCUAGUGAGGAGGUUCGAUCCGGAGGUAUUGGAAUGGAAAGUUUGCUUAUGGAAUAUGCCCUCGCGACACUAUUCUUGAUCAAUAUCAUUGCCACCGGCUGCGACGAUCUCCAUGCUCGUAUUCACAUCAGGGCACAGCUGAAGGCAUGCGGGUUCCAGAGGAUCUCGACAAAGAUGCAAGGGUUCCAGUACGAACUCAUCGACAAGCAGAUCCAAAAGUACGAAGAUGACGCCGCAGCGGACUACGACGAGCUUAUGGAGAGGGAUGGGGGUAGUAUGGCGGAUAGUAUAGAGGGGGAUCCAAAGGAUCUCAACGACCCCACUGCUAUCGUAGAUGCUAUCAUGACCAAGGUUCAGGGUUCUCAAGCGCAGGACUACUUUGUGUCGUCGCUGCAGCAUCUAUUGCUCAUGCGGGACAACAACCACGAGGACCGACUGCGCAUGUUCCAGCUUGUUGAUUCUAUAUUAGGUUAUGUCGUUAUGGACCGGCGCCUGCCGGAUAUGGAGUUGAAGGCGAGUCUGAACUUUUCGGUUCAGGCGCUUAUGGACAAGCUGCAUACAGAUGCAGAGGCCCGUCAUGCGCUCGAGCAGGCAUCCGAGUCGCGGCAGAUUGCAGAGAACGCGAUUGCCGAGCGAGAUGCCAUGAAGGAGCAGAUUGCCAUGGGCGCGGAUGGACUAAUUGCAAAACUACAGCAGCAAUUGGAGGAACAGACGCAGGUGAUUGAGAUUGGUAGACGGCAAAUCAUGGGGCUUACCGGAGAGCUAGAGGAGAUCAAGCUCGCACAUGCUAUGCAGAUGCAGAAGAGUGAGCUGGAGACCAGAGAGCUGUAUCUCAUGCUCCGAGACUCUCAGGAUGUGGCAGACGCCGCGCACGCGGAGAAGGUCAAGAAGGCAAAGAAGGAGGGGAAGCCUAUUCCGGAGGAGCUGAGCGUUGCCCAGAUGAAGGGUAUCAUGGACAGGCAGAAGCUUAUGAUGAGGCUCGAGACGCAAUUGGAGCGGAAGAAGACUGAGUUCAAGCUCGAGGGUAAGGUGUGGCAACAGGUAGCACCGAGUGAUAGGUUGAGGGAGCUCCGGGAACGUAUGGACGCCGUUCAACGGGAGGCCAGACAACUUGAACAGGAGCACUUUGAGGAGGCGAAGAGACAACGAAUUGUCUCUGAAACUUUCAGAGGAGGUAAUAACGAUGGUGUUUACCACACAUCACUAGGGAGGAGGACUUCAUCGGCGCCUAAUCUUGCUGAGAGGGAGAUAAUGAGGAGGAAGGAUGCUGAGCGGGAAGAUGGAAUUCCGGAGGUGAGCGAGGGCGAGUAUGAGGAAGGAACCAUUGGAAUUGAAAGAGCAAGAAUUAUCACCCUUGGGAAGAGAGCAAAGAGACCUAUGAGACCAAGACCUAAGAUGCCAGCCGACCAGGCUACUGGAUUGUUGGGUGAACUUAAGGGUAAGGUUCCUAGGUUCGAUCCCGAAAGUGGUAAUGAUGGGGAGGGUGAAGAUGAAGGUCUGGAUGGGGAUUCGAUUGCUGGAGAGGAUGGGGUCACCACCGGACGCUCGCACUCUAGCAGUGAGUCCGAUUCUCCGAAGACGCCUGUGGACCUUGGCACUCCUGCAACGGGCGAGGAGGCCAAACUUGAUGGGCCUGCGGCGCCUGCUGUACUUAUCCCAGGGUUUCUCCCGGUGGCUCCUCCCCCACCGCCCCCACCGCCGCCAGGUACGCCAGGAGCCCCCCCUAUUAUGGAGGGGUUCAACGCCAAUGCUCCUCUGCCACCUGGGGUGGCGUCAGUCGUAGGAUGCUUCCCUAGUGAGUUCAAAACCACUGCUCCUCCGGCACCUCCUCCACCUCCGGGCAUGGCUGGAUUACCUGGGUUCAAAACCGACUCCCCCGCAGCACCCCCGCCACCUUUUGGUAUGCCAGGUUUUGGUAAUAGCGCCCCACCACCCCCACCACCUAAUGGAAUGGUUGGCUUCAAGACCGGUGCUCCUCCUCCUCCUCCUCCGCCACCCCCGGGCAUGGCUGGAUUUAUUAAUGGUGCCCCCCCUCCUCCACCUCCUCCACUGCCGGGCUUCUCGGGUGUUGGGCCUCCGCCUCCUCCACCUCCGCCACCAGGUCCUGGGGGGUUCAAGAUAGGAGGGGCCCCACCACCACCUGGAAUGCCUGGCAUGCCUCCGCCGCCGCCUAUGCCCAUGGGUAUGAUCUAUGGCGGAGCUGGUGCGUUGUUCACCGGUAUGAGGCCGAAGAAGAAGCUGAAGCCAAUGCAUUGGGAGAAGCUGGAUGGUGUAGAAUACACCAUUUGGGCGAGCCGAUUCGAUAAGGACGCAAUGUACGACGAGCUGAGCAAGAAGGGUAUCUUGGAGGAAAUGGAGCGCCUGUUUGCGUUUAAGGAGGCCAAGAUAUUGAAGAAAUCCGCUGGUGCGGCCGAGAAGAAGAAGGAGUUCUUGGACUCCUCGAUCGUCAAGGCUUUCCAGAUUUCGCUGUCCAAAUAUGCCAAUAUUCCUGUUGACCAGCUUGUCAAGAAGAUCCUGUCUUGUGACAAGGAUAUGCUUGAUAACUCGGCAAUCAUGGACUUCUUGCUGAAGGACGAGCUUUGCGUUAUCUCUGAUAACCUGUCGAAGAACUUGACACCCUAUAGCAUCGACUGGACAGAACCCGAUGCCGAGAAGCAGAAGCGUGAAGCUGAUCCCAACGAGUUGCGAAGAGAAGACCAUAUCUUCCUGGAGACGGCCUUCAAUUUGCACCACUACUGGAAGGGUAGGAUAAGAGCCUUGGCGUUGACAAGAAGCUUGGAUCCGGACUACACAGAGUUGCAAGGAAAGCUGCACCAGAUCGUCAAGGUUGCAGACAAAGUCCGAGGUUCGAAGGCGUUCCACGGGGUGCUCAACGUUAUUUUGACGAUGGGUAAUUUCAUGAACGAUACCAAUAAGCAAGCUUCUGGUUUCAAGCUCGGAACACUCUCCCGAUUGGUGAAUCUGAAGGAUGAUAAGAACCAGAGGUCACUCAUGGACUAUAUCGAGAUGUCGAUCCGUAACAAGUUCCCUGAAUGGCAGUCUUUCAUCGAUGACUUGUACGAAUGUAUCGCACUAGAAAAAGCCGAUGUGGAUAACUUGAUGCAGCAAGCAAAGAAGUUCAUCGACAACAUUCAUAACAUCCAGGCCUCAGUCGACGCCGGAAAUCUCAGUGAUCCGAAGAAAUUCCAUCCUCAGGAUCGUGUCUUGCAGGUCGUAUUACCGAUCUUGCCCGAGGCGAGAAAGAAGGCGGGAUACCUUAAGGAUCAUUUGGAUGCCAUGACGAAGACAUACAAUGAUCUUCUUACGUACUAUGGCGAGGACCCGGCGGAUGAGCAGUCGAGGAAGAGGUUCUUCAAAAUGAUUGCGGACUUCUUGAAGAAUUACAAGGUGUCAAAUCGCAAGAAUUUGGAGCUCGAGGACGACGAGAAACGACGAGAGAAGAUAAGGGUCCAGACCGGCGCUGGGUCCGGGUUGCCGGGGUCCAGCACGGACCGGCUCGCCCCCAACAAAUCUGGUGCUAUGGAUGCGCUACUUGAGAAGCUUAAGCAAGCUGGUCCAGCACAUCGAAAAAGACGCCGUGACCAGUACAAGCGCAACGGCCGAACAGCAUCAGGUACAAGUGAACGAACAGUAUCUGGUCAGAGUACUGCUGGGGAGCCUACAUCUGGUGGAGAAUCAGCAUCACCUGAGAUGCUCCUUACGCCAAUGACACUCCCGGUUAUUGAGGCGACAGAUGAAGAGGACUCCUUGACAUCCAGGUCGCAGGAGAUGUUAAUGCGGUUACGUGGAGAGAACAGUGGUGAUGGUGCAGCUAGUGGAACGGCUGGAAGUCUUCGUGUGCGAAGGAAAAGGGGUAGCGGAGAUGAUUCGAGGAGGGAGAGGAGGAGAAGACAAGGGAGCAAUGUGUCGGCAUCUGGCACUGAUGCUGCUCUAGAGGGAGAGGAUGCAGAGAAUCCGGAUGAGAUGAUCGCAAAGGCGAAGUUGGCGUUGAUGAAUAUGCGAAGAGGAUCGGAGGCGGAUGUAGAGGAGGAUGCUGCGGCUGGAAUGCCAACACCCACAACGAUUGUAUCGCCGCCAUCGCCAGAGCCAGAAAAGGCAGAGCCAGCCGUUGCGGCUCCAGAGUAG